UGCGCGGCCACCGCCCCCCGCCCGGCGGGGCCAUGAGGACCGGCUCGAGGGUGCUGCUGGUGCUGCUGCUCCUCCUUCCCGUCUGGGGCUCGGCGGCGGCACACAAUGGGGAUCUUACAGUGAGACCCACAUGCAAGCCUGGCUUCUCAGAGCAAGACUACACAGCAUUCGUCUCCCAAAACAUCAUGGAAGGGCAGAAGUUACUCAAAGUAAAAUUUAAUAACUGUGCUGGUAACAAGGGAGUUCGCUAUGAAACCAACAGCCUGGACUUCAAGGUGAGGGCGGACGGGACCCUGUUCGCUGCCCACCACGUGCAAAUGCCCUCCAAGCAGCUGAUCCUGGUGGUGACAGCGUGGGAUCCCCAGACCCUGGGCAGAUGGGAGGCCAUGGUCCGCUUUCUGGUGGCAGAGAAGUCCCAACACAAUGGACACAAGCCAAAAGGCAGGAAGACACUGCCUGGAGACCUGGUGCAGCAGCAGAGUGACACUCUGCUCCCUUGGCGGCAGCAUCAGAGCGCCAACGGCCUGCGGAGGCAGAAGAGGGACUGGGUCAUCCCACCCAUCAACGUGCCAGAAAACUCCAGAGGACCCUUUCCACAGCAGCUGGUUCGGAUUCGUUCCGAUAAGGACAAAGAGAUCCAUAUCAGGUACAGCAUCACUGGAGUGGGAGCCGACCAGCCGCCCAUGGAAGUCUUCAGCAUUGACCCUGUGUCUGGCAGGAUGUACGUGACACGCCCGAUGGACAGGGAGGAAAGAGCUUCCUACCAUCUCCGGGCUCAUGCAGUGGAUAUGAAUGGAAACAAGGUGGAGAAUCCUAUUGACCUUUACAUCUAUGUGAUUGAUAUGAAUGACAACAGACCGGAGUUCAUCAACCAAGUCUAUAAUGGGUCUGUUGAUGAAGGCUCUAAACCAGGUACCUACGUGAUGACGGUGACGGCAAAUGACGCAGACGACGCUACUACCGCGAACGGGAUGGUGAGGUACCGGAUCGUGACUCAGACCCCACAGAGCCCAUCACAAAACAUGUUUACCAUUAACAGCGAGACGGGAGACAUUGUCACUGUGGCUGCUGGACUCGACAGAGAGAAAGUUCAGCAGUAUAUAGUCAUUGUUCAAGCCACAGAUAUGGAAGGAAAUCUUAACUAUGGUCUCUCAAACACAGCAACAGCGAUCAUUACGGUGACAGAUGUGAAUGACAACCCCCCUGAAUUCACCACCAGCACUUAUUCAGGAGAGGUUCCUGAGAACAGAGUGGAGGUCGUGGUGGCAAAUCUGACGGUGAUGGACCGGGACCAGCCUCACUCCCCCAACUGGAAUGCCAUCUACCGCAUCAUCAGCGGGGACCCCUCCGGCCACUUCACCAUCCGGACAGACCCCGUCACCAACGAGGGCAUGGUGACCGUGGUGAAGGCAGUCGAUUACGAGAUGAACAGAGCUUUCAUGCUGACAGUGAUGGUAUCAAACCAAGCUCCCCUGGCCAGUGGCAUCCAGAUGUCCUUCCAGUCGACAGCAGGAGUCACCAUUUCAGUCACAGAUGUCAACGAAGCACCGUAUUUCCCAACGAACCACAAGUUAAUCAGGCUGGAGGAAGGGGUGCCAACAGGAACAGUCCUGACGACGUUUUCAGCGGUGGAUCCCGAUCGCUUCAUGCAGCAGGCAGUAAGAUACUCUAAGCUGUCAGAUCCUGCAAACUGGCUGAACAUUAAUGCCACAAAUGGUCAGAUCACUACUGCUGCUGUCCUUGAUCGAGAGUCAGACUACAUUAAGAAUAAUGUCUACGAGGCCACAUUCUUGGCGGCUGACAACGGUAUCCCCCCCGCCAGCGGCACUGGCACUCUGCAGAUCUACCUAAUUGACAUCAACGACAACGCUCCCGAGCUCCUUCCAAAGGAGGCACAGAUCUGUGAAAAGCCAAACCUGAAUGUCAUCAACAUCACAGCCGCGGACGCUGACAUCGAUCCAAACGUCGGGCCCUUCGUCUUCGAGCUGCCAAGUGUGCCAUCUGCGGUGAGGAAGAACUGGACCAUAACACGGCUGAAUGGUGAUUACGCCCAGCUCAGUUUACGGAUCAUGUACCUGGAGGCGGGUGUGUAUGAUGUGCCCAUCAUCGUGACGGACUCAGGAAACCCCCCCUUGUACAACACCUCUGUCAUCAAGGUGAAGGUGUGUCCCUGCGACGAGAACGGCGACUGCACCACCAUCGGGGCCGUGGCCGCUGCAGGGCUGGGCACGGGGGCCAUCAUUGCCAUCCUGAUCUGCAUCAUCAUCUUACUGACCAUGGUUCUGCUGUUCGUGGUGUGGAUGAAGCGCCGGGAGAAGGAGCGUCACACCAAGCAGCUCCUGAUCGACCCCGAGGACGACGUCAGGGACAACAUCCUCAAGUAUGACGAAGAGGGAGGUGGAGAGGAAGACCAGGAUUACGAUUUAAGCCAGCUCCAGCAGCCAGAGACUAUGGAUCACGUGCUGAACAAGACACCCGGAGUCAGAAGGGUGGAUGAAAGACCUAUUGGUGCUGAACCACAGUAUCCUAUCAGACCAGUAAUCCCACAUCCAGGGGAUAUUGGUGAUUUUAUUAAUGAGGGCCUGCGGGCAGCAGACAACGACCCCACAGCUCCCCCCUACGAUUCCCUGCUCGUCUUUGACUACGAGGGCAGCGGCUCCACCGCCGGCUCCGUCAGCUCCCUCAACUCCUCCAGCUCCGGGGACCAGGACUACGACUACCUUAACGACUGGGGGCCCAGGUUCAAGAAACUGGCGGACAUGUACGGGGGAGGCGAGGAAGAUUAAACUGACCUCAUGUUAUUUAAAAAAAAAAAAAAA